UUUCUGUGUUCAGUGAGGGCUCACUGUCGCGUGUGGUUACAGUCACCAACGCACGUGGAAAAAGCUGGACAUACAUUGAGUCUACUUGUUAUCAUCUCUCUGUUCAUACAAUGGCUGAUGAUGGUCCAGCAGAGGCUUAUCCCACUGAAAUUGAGGAAAACCUGAAUGAUUUUGAUUCCUCUUUGAUCUCUGUCCAGAAUAUGGUCCAAACGCUUGUGUCCGUAUCCAGAAGUCACAAUCUGCUGAAACUGGAUCCUCUUGAUCGAGCUAAAUUGGAUCUGAUGUCUGCAUAUGCCCUCAACUCAAUGUUCUGGAUGUAUCUGGUGACACAAGGAGUCAAUCCGAAAGACCAUGCGAUUAAACAAGAACUGGAUAGGAUCAGGACAUACAUGAACAAAGUCAAACAGAUCACAGACAAAAGAAAAGCUGCACGUCUGGACAAAGAUGCAGCAUCGCGGUUUGUUCGGAAUGCAUUGUGGGAUGCAGAGGACAAGAAAAGAAAAGACUCAACUGAGCAUCCCCACAGAGGAAAACACAUACGGUUUUCUUGAUUGAAUUGACUGGUGAAACAUUGAAGUUUUCCUGCAGAUAUUUAGCAGACUUUGGUAUUAAGCACAACAACUAUCUGUCAUUUGCCUGGUGACGUGUUAUGAUGCUGUGUUGAGUAGCAUCAUUCUUUUCAAGAUCGUGACCAGUUUCAAACUGAAGAAGAAACCCAAUAUAAGUUACAGGUCUUUGUAUUUGUUUUAAAUUUUUUAUUGUUUUAUUCAGUUGCAUUUGAAGAGAAUGUUAUGUUUUUUCUUUUGAGUCUUGAGUAUGUUUUAUAUCGGCGGUUACAUAAUCUGAAAUGUGGACCGUUCAUAAUACCAGUCCCAUUAAAACUAGUAAAUCCUC